AUGGAUUUUUUAAGUACUCAUUCAUUACGAAAUUUUUAUAGAGUGGGCGAAAACAAACCUUCGCUUGCAAAUCUACUUCAAUGUCCAUUUUGUUGUAUACCACUCGACGAAAUGAAUAGAAAUGUCCAUUUGUUUUUUUGUCUUAGUUGUUUUUUACAAAGUAUUGGUUGCGAUGUGACUAAAUUCUGUAAUCAAUUUAAUUAUUUAUUAAAGCAAGAUACCUUUAUUGAAGAAAUUAUAACUAGAAAAAGAAAAAACCGAGAUGAAACUAAUAACGAAGAAAAUAACAGCAGCAAUAGCACUAACAGUAACAAUAGUAACAUUAAAAACAAUAUAAAUAAUAAUAAUUUAAUUAAUAGUAAUUCUUUAAAUAAUAUAAAUAAUAUAAACAGUAUUUUAAAUAAUAAUAAUAAUAAUAAUAGUAAUAGUAGUAGUAGUAGUAGUAGUAAUAAUAAUAACAACAACAACAGUAGUGUUCGUAGAGUUUAUCCACGUCAAACAGUUGUAAGAGGUAGAAUCCUUUUUGAUGACAAUAGUAAUGAUGAAGACGAUGAUACCCAUCGUAAAAGUAUUCCACGUAGUUUAGCUCCGAAUGUAGCAUCAGCAUCAAUAGGAUCGAUCGUGUCAAGUAAUGAUGAAGGAGAUGGAAUGGUUGAGGUUUACUAUAACCACAAAUUUUUAACUGAGGAAAAUAUAAAGAGAAUCAUACACCUGACAGAUGAUAGCAAAGUGUGCUUGGCGAUCAACUGCCACAAACCUGUUACUGGUAGAAAUAAAAACAACGUCAUAUUUUAUGUCAAUGGCCAUGUAUUCAUAUUGUGCGAAACCAGUUCUCAUUGUAAAGAUGGUAUACUGAAGCGUGGAUUUGAUCAAGUUUUUCAAUAUUGUUUAGAAAAAAAGAAGAUACCCAUUCACGGCUACAAUGAAAUCACACCAAAUGUCGGUCUAUGUGCAUUGGAGAUUGCUAAAAAACGAUGCUAUUACAAUAGCCCUCCAAGAAGAGAUCUUUACAUUUUUGCUCCAACGAAUCCAAACCAAACAUACCAUUUUUGUUCAACAAAGUGUCUUGUUGAUCUAUUAGAAUUCACAUCAACCAGUUCAUGGAAUACUUUUCCAGAGACAUGGGCCAAAAGAGUUUCAAAAAGGUUUUCAAAUCUUGGUGAUACAUGUACAAUACAACAACAAAUAAAUCCAAUAUCAACAACAACCACAGCAAACCAACUACCCAAUAAUAAUAAUAAUAAUAAGAACCCCAACAAACCAAAAUAA